AUGCAACAAUCCCAUGAACAACAACCCGAAUCAAAGCAGCCACGAUCACGAUUGACAAAGGCAACAGCUUCAACUGCCGCCAUUCAGCCGUUGGAAAUCACAAUGACAGCUGUUGUCACCACACCAGAAGAGAAUACGGGAAGCACCAGUUUAAUGGAUGGUACACAUAGCAGUGUAGAACGUUUACAACAAUAUCAACAAGCACCACCAGUGCAACAACAACAGCAGCAGAAGCAGCAGAAGCAGCCUCAUCAACAACAGCAUCAACAGCAACAACAGCAACAGCAACAGCAACAGCAGCAGCAGCAACAACAACAACAACCAAAGCGUCAAGAUGCUCGUCGUAAGCAGUCGCAGCAUCGACAUCAUGUCAAGUCUCCAGUAUUUACACCCGAUAAUUCAGUAUCUCCAUUGCUUCCACCAUCACCCAACGCUGAGGCAAUCACAUUCCCCACUCUACCACCCCCAGCUAAAUCAUCCACUAUUCCAUCAGAGGCUGUUGUUGCCUUGCAGGAUGCCGCCAAUGAAUCAACGACAAAGAGUGAAGAUGCUGAUGGGAAAAAGACACAAACAAGUGAAGAAGAUAUGGAUACAUCGCUCGAUCAGCUAUUCGAAUCAUGCUUCUUUUCGGGUGUCAUUUUAUUACAAUGGUCCAAUGUGGUGGGUCCCAAGACUGAAAAAGUGUGGUCAUCAUCCGAUGAAGCAACCCUGGAUACCAAGAUGCAAGCACUUAUUGGGCGGCAGGUUUUGAAUGGCGAGAUGGGACGAGACAUUCCUGUUGUUGAACUUAAAUGGAUUGCAUUACAUCGCCAAGCUAUCCUAUGUGCUGCAUUCUUGUACAACGAUCCGACAGCCCGAUCCUUGUGUGCCUUGGUCUUUGUCUUGCCAGUACGUUACCUACGCAACUUUUCGUCCUACUUUGCCAUCUUCAGAGAUCGUGUGCCUCGCAUGUUGGUCGAACCCCUCCAGCAUCUACGCAAAGUCUGUCGUCGUCGCAACCUGAAAUGGGACAUGGCACUGGAUUUUUUCGCACGUCGUCGACUUGCCCCCUUUAUACACGCCAUCAUGCGCAUCGAAUCGGUCUCUCUUCCUUGCAGCAAGGUCAACUAUAGCCUACUCGAUCAAGACUCCAAACAGCUCUUUGAUUCUCCUUUCUUCGCAAGGCUUGUGACAUCGCAUUUGGAAACAUUUGGAUCCACAGUGCUUGUGGGAAACAGCUUAUCCACCAUCAACACGAUGAUCAAUACACUUAGCCCUUUUCUUUCACCCGAGGAAAGGAAUCGAUCGAGCCAUGCAAGGAAGAAUAUGAAAUACAUACCCGAUCUCUAUCUACAAGGAUUACUCGCUCAAGAUGCCGAGGACUUGGAAACGGUUAUUCUGCAAUCGAUGGUGCCAUCUACAUUUGUCAACAUGAGCCGGCUCACUGUGAAGCAAACACCACUCGUCCCAGCAUACAAAAAAAGACAACAGGAAUAUCGAGAUUGGAAAUCGGCACGCGUGGAAGAGGAAUUGUUGAACUUUGUGCAAUCACCCGAUCGACCUGGGAUUAACGAUAAAAGAAAACGUCCCACCGUCUUGACUCGAACCGAAACAGUGGCACCGAUGGUACGCGCAUUAUUGGAUGAUGUGAGAGAUAUCCCAGCAAGACUUCGAGAAGCAUACGUACAACAAUGGCGACGAUUGUUGGUUCGGCGUGCGGUAGCAUUCGUUAAAUUCAUCAAAAAAGAGAGCACGGAUGUACCGCUUUUAAGGAACGCUCUCGGCUUACAAGAUUAUGCAGACUUUAUGAUUGUCCUUGCACAAGCCGAGAAACUUAGACCAGGCAUCCUUGACAUGAUAAAAAUCCCCUCCCCAUCCCAUUGA